AAUACAACUCUACAGCACUGUAUGAAAAAUAAAAAUAGAGUUAUAGAAUAAGUAUUGAAUUAGUGCUUCUCUCUUUAAAAGCCAUGUCCAAGUCUACUGCAGCACGAUGGGUGAAGUUUUUCAAUGCCGGGGGGAUUCCGUCCCCAGCAGCGGCUAGCUAUGCUCACAUAUUUGUCGAAAACCGCAUACAGGAUGACAUGUUGCUUGAUUUAAAUAAGGAAUACUUACGUGAGAUGGGCAUCACGCCUAUGGGCGACAUAAUUGCGAUAUUGCGUCAUGCCAAACAAGUUAGCGAGCAACAUGUACUCGACAAAGUACUCAUAACAGAUGCGCCUUCGCCCAAAUCCAAGGCUAAGACCAAAAACCUAGUUAGUGCAACUACUGCAUCGCCGAUAUCAGCAUCAACAGUUGUCAAUGCUAGUGCCAAUAAAGUCUCACCACCAGCAAAGCCAGCGCGACGCGUGCUGCCGGAGCAUGAAGGCAAAUAUAAAGUUACUUUGCCAUCGGGCACAACAGAGCGGAGCAAGCAAAUUCUGGCCAAGCGGGAGCAGUUAUACUCGGAUCGUGUUACUAGCACCAAGAAAACCGAUGUUUUUGCGCGCUUACACAAGAGCAAGUGCGACGAUGAUGCUCAGGAGGGCAUUGUCUCCAGCAGCGCCGAGAGUAACGUGCGCGUGCACAUUACCGGCGUUCACAAUACAUCUACCGGCAAAAUAGCCGCCUCUUCUAGCAAUAACUCGGUGUUUGCACGGCUCGGAGGCAAGCAAUCCUUGGAUUCAGUACAGCAAAAUACAGUUGUGGCCAAGGAGAUAAAAUCGAUUUUGAAAAACACCAAAAGCACCACCGGAGGCAGUAUCAUCAAGCGCAACACGUCAAUAGUGAAGGCUAAAACUACAGCAGCGCCACUGGCACGAUCACAGCAGAAGGUGAUGCUUGUCCACAAGGUGCCAUUGAAAUGUGGUGAUGAUAGCGACGAUGACAGCAUGGAUGAUGAUGAUUUAAGAGAGGCGGGCAGUGAUAUAGACAGCGAAGGUAGCGAAAGUGAACAGGACGUUGUUAUGGCAGCACCUGUUGAGAAAAUUGUUAAAUUCGCAUCCACUGCGGAAGUGCGAGAAAUCGCACCAAAUACGCCAUAUAAAGCGCGUGGCAAUAGCAACUUUGCGCGGAACAUAAAGUCCCGAUUGGGCAUGGUAUCCAAGCUACAUGCCACACGCAAGACAUACAAUCUCAAAGCGUCUCCGCCAAAGAAACCAGGCGCGCGCCUGAGUCCUGUGAAAGGAAAGGCAAUACGCAUGCGUAGCGAUGAGCUGCUCACACGACAGGAUACGCUGCCGGUGCACAAGCGUCUGGGCUCGUCGGCCACCGCUGCACAGCCUCCUACAUCGCAUCGAAAUCAGCAGCGCGAUCAAAAGCAUUUUGCACCACGGCGAACUUCGAGCGUGAAUGCCGGCAAUAGGCCAAGGGGUCAACCGAGCUCGGUUUUUGAUCGCCUGGGAUUUAAUAAAUCUCUGUAGAUUUUAAAUCGACCCUAAAGUAAUCGUUUAAGAGUUCUAUUUAAAUCGGUUUAAAAGUAAAUGCUUGCUAUCAUCAAAUACAAUGCACCUUAAAU